CGCUCCGUCGUGAUGAAAGACGCGCUUGCUGGGAAGAAUUGACAGGAGGCGUGGCUCACGAACUUUGGCCUCAACGAUCGCGCUCGUCGAUUUUGGCGAAAGUCUCAAUCACAUGUCCAACUCCCUCUUUGCGUUUACCCAGGUCUGUCUAGAGCGCAAGGGGGAGCGGAAGAAUAGCUCUUGAACCUCUGGUCCAGCUCAACGGCGAUAAUGACAUAAGAAGGAUCCAAAGAAUACGCGAAUGCAAAUGUCAAGCGCACUGUCCUCAGCCUGCUGCUGACCCGUUGUUUGUCGUGUAAUACAGCGCCCUUUCCUCUCACAGAGAAACCUCUCUACCGCAGCAUAAUUAAGGCGAACAGCCCCAGCUACGUCAAACCUCAAAGACAGCCCACGCAAACAUGUCUCGCAAUGCGCCAGCAAACGAAAAAAAAACAAAAAAAAAAUCUGGGGAAUGCCAGUAAAGUCCUGUCGAUGCGCUCAGCGUUGCCAUUGUCACACUCGCCUUCGCUCGAUCGGGGCCAGAGGCCAUUCCGAACGGUCCCUGGUCCUGUGCUCUCGCGAUGCGGCAUUCCUUAUCUUCCCAGGCAGGUUAGCGAAUCGCGUGCAACCAUCGGGCAGUAGUACAGUGCACACUUUGUGAGUUAGAUCCGGCUGCAGGUCGAGCAGUGACAAAAAGUCUCUCAAAGCCUGGCGACAAGAGAGGGAAUAGGCUGGCCAGGCGGGAAGUCCUUGCUUCCCAACCCCCCCAAACUAGCGGCCUUUAGCCUACGGAGGAUGCAGAAACGAGAGGGCACAGACGACGUUCCCGAUCACUGGAUUCUGGUGUCUCCAGCGCAGAACGUGAAUUAGGACGCAAACCGGUUGGCCGUGAUACUACAUAAUGGUUAUGCGCCUCUUGUUCGCAGUUGCACUUGCAGCCUCUCUUUCUCUCACACACGCACGCUGGAGCUUGCGACACCUCACACCGGUGUGCGAAUGCCAUGACACAGUACAGAGACCUCGUGGCAAACGUCACGUCGCUCCAGGCUCUGCUUGGAUCCGUCGCUGCGGUCGUUGCCUUCUUCAUUGGCCGGCUCUUCUACAAUGCCUUCUUCCAUCCGCUGGCCAAAUAUCCAGGACCGAAGUCCUGGGGCGCCUCCGAACUACCGUCAAUACUCUCGUCCGUGAAGGGCAACAUUGCCUGGGACGUCGCUGCGUUACAUGAAAAGUACGGCUCCGUCGUGCGCAUAGCUCCGAACGAACUGUCCUACAACACCGCUCAGGCGUGGAGUGAUAUCUACAGCUCGCGACCAGGCUUGGGCCAGAUGCCUAAACACGGCGGUCCAGAGAAGAAUUCGGAGGGCUUUGGAAGGCUGAACAUGACCAAUGCCACCAUCGAAGAUCACUCGAGGAUGCGAAGACUGGUUGCUCAUGCGUUUUCCGACAAAGCCAUGAGGGAGCAGGAGCCAAUCAUUCAGCAGUAUGUCGACUUGCUCAUGGACAAGCUGCACGAGCGCGCUGGCCAGAAAAUCGACAUUGUUUCGUGGUUCAAUUUUACCACCUUCGAUUUAAUGGGCGACCUUGCCUUUAGCGAGUCGUUCCACUGCCUGCAGCAGUCGCAGUAUCAUCCAUGGAUCUCAAUGAUUUUUAACAACCUGAAGCUGAUGGUCUACGGCAAUGCGGCGAGAAAAAUACCCGGUCUCACAAAACUGCUCAUGUCCAUCACGCCCAAGAAGGUCAUAGAAGAGGGCCAGGCGCACAUGCAACUGGCCGUGGCACAAGCGAACAAACGUCUCGCCAUGAGGACGGACCGGAACGACAUUAUGUCCUACAUCAUCAAGCACAACGGCAAGGAAACCGGUAUGAGCGUAGAAGAGAUCCAAGCCAACAGCUACGUGAUUAUCAUCGGCGGCUCAGAAACCACAGCGACACUGCUCUCAGGCUGCGUGUAUUAUCUGCUCACCAACCCCGCGACGCUGGAAACCCUCGUGGAGGAGAUCCGGUCGAGCUUCAAGAGCGAAAAUGAGAUCACGUUCGCAAACGUGUCCAACCUGAAAUACUUGCUUGCAGUCCUCAACGAAGCGCUACGCUGCUAUCCUCCCGUGCCAGGUGCUCUGCCCCGGGCCGUUCCCGGUGACAAGGGUGCCAUAAUCGACGGCGCGUGGGUGCCGUCUGGUACCGCCGUGUCCGUCUACCAAACAGCCGCAUGCCGCUCGCCCAAGAACUUUCGCGACCCCGACGCGUUCGUCCCCGAACGCUGGCUUGGCGACGCGCGAUAUGCAAACGACGUCCGAGACGCGUGUCAGCCAUUCGGCUACGGACCGCGAAACUGCGUGGGACGCAACCUGGCCUACAUGGAGAUGAGAAUCAUUCUGGCUCGGCUCCUGUGGAACUUUGACCUGGAACUUUGCGACGAGUCCAGAAAUUGGAGAGAGCAGAAAGCCUUCAUACUGUAUGAGAAGCCGCCGCUGAUGGUGAAAUUGACGGUAAAGCGCCGAUGACGAAUUGCAUAACGACGCUUUCGCAGCUGCAUCUAGAGACGAAUAUCAGCCAGCUGUGCGCUAUCCCCCGCCAUAGCUGGCAAGAGAGUAGCGCUACGAGUAAUGACAAGGUGAAUUUGCUUUUCGUUUUCAUUUUGCUCCUCUCCACCUGAGCCCUUCCCUAUCUCCCCCUU